AAUGAAUAUGGUUAUGGAAGGAGGAUUGGAGGAAUCCCUAAAAGAUAAUAUUAUUUAUGCAAUAGCCAAAGUUUUGGAUGAAAUUGUGAUAGAAACAGACAUUAUUGAAAGUCCAAUUUAAACAGUCUUUCACACUAUUAAAAAACCCUAAAUCACAAUUUAUAAAUAUAUCGAACGUAUUAAGAUGUUCUCUUAUUGCAGCAAUGAGUGUUUCAUAUUGGCACUGAUAUAUAUAGAUAAAGUGCAAGAGAGGAACUAAGAUGUUGUUAUAAAUAGCUAUUGUGUUCAUAGGUUGAUAUAUCAUUAUAACCAUAGAUUUCUGUUAGCUUGCAUUCUUUUAAGUAUUAAAUACAAUGAUGAUGACUACUAUAAGAAUGAUUACUAUGCUAGAGUUGGGGGAGUUACACUUUAAGAGCUAAACUCGCUUGAAAAGGAACUAUUAACACUGUUAGAUUACUAACUAUUCGUUAGUUCAAAUCAAUACUACUAUUACAAGGAAAAAUUGAUGAAAUAUGCAUAACUAUGA